AUGGUGUCGAGGAUGGAGCUCACCCAGUCGCGGAUUCGCUAUCUAUUAGUCUGCGCGUUCAUUACAGCAUUCCUCCUCUUCCUCGCUAAUACCGCUGCUGUUCGAUCGCAUCCCGCGUUCGACAAACCGUGGGGACCUGGGGGAGAUCACCCAGGACAUAACCCUCAUCAUGCUCAUCAUGGCCACAGGCCGCAUGAACCACCAAGGCCACCCGGGCCACCAAACCCUCUCAAGCCCCCAGGGCCACCAAUGCCACUGAAACCGCCAGCACCACCAGUCGUGGCAGAUUCGAAGCCCGAAUCGACUACGAGCGCUGUGCCAAAAGACACCAAUGCCGUUGCGCCCGCUACGCCUGCGAAGACGGAAUUAAAAGACGAAACCAAAUACCUCUCCAUCGCUGAAGCCCAGCAAUUCUGCGAGUUCAGGCGCUUCGAGCCAUGGGCAAACCGCGACAAGAAGCGAAAGAUCUACGAUCUCGUAUUGAUCAACCGCGAGCUUGAAUGGCUGGAUAUCCGUUUGGGGCAGAUGUAUAGCCACGUCGACUAUUUCAUUAUAGUUGAGGCCGCAAAGACAUUCACCGAUAAACCGAAGACGCUUUAUGUCGAGUCGAACUGGGAUAGAUACGCGCCUUACCACGACAAAAUGAUCCGCCAUACAAUUACUGAUGAAGGGAUGAAAUUUAAGACGACAUGGGAACGCGAGACCUUCUCACGUAACGCUAUGGUCGAUCAAGUCAUCCCGUUCCUCGAAGGCGAGAAGAAAGUCGAAACCGACGACGUGAUCAUCAUCGCCGACGUCGACGAGAUCCCCCGCCCCGACACGCUGACAGCCAUACGAAACUGCGCCAUCCCCGACGCCGUCACCCUCCGCAGCAGAAUGUACUACUAUAGCUUCCAGUGGCUUCUGCGCGGCGAGGACUGGACCCACCCACAAGCCAUGCUCUGGAAGGGCAAAGACCUGACCAUGCCCGCAGACACGCUACGUAUGGGCGCCUACAAACAGCACCACAUGCAGAACGCGGCGUGGCACUGCAGCUACUGUCUCAAGUCGCUGUCGGACAUGGUGAACAAGGUGACGAGCUUCUCGCAUGUUGAGUUCAACAAGCCCGAGUUCCGCGAUCCGGAGAAGAUUCUCAAUCGCGUGCGCCACGGUCUGGACUUCUUCGAUCGCGAGAACUCGUUCUUUGACCGUGUUGAGGAUAAUAAGGAUAUACCCGAGUUCUUGAAGGAGCAUAGCGAUAAAUACGCGUUUGUGGUGAACCGCGACCCUCCGAAUGGGAAUUUCCAGGACUAA